AGGAUGUGUAUGGGUAGUUGUUUAUCUACUGCGUUCGUAAUAGGAGUUGUCAAAUUUAUUUAGUCGCAAAACAAUGUAAAUAGAUUCAAAUAUCCCUUCAAACGCAUCAAUUAGCACAUCAACAGCAUCACAACACGUUGCUCAUAUGGAGCCGCAAGUAACCGGGCAUGGAAGUUCGACUGUUUGAAGAUGUGGAUGACGGUGAAAGUAUUUCAAAGGAUUUUGCCUCGGACGAUAAGUUUGCGGAAGAGAAGAUUGCCUCGGAGAUUUCAUCAACGCUACAGUAUUCGGAAGGUGUAAAAGAGCGCUGCAGUGAUGAUGACUGUGAGGUGAUUGAAUCUAACGUUGUGGUGGAUCUGACCGGUGAUGGAGAUGAGGCGUGGAUCGAAGAACGUCAUUCGCAUGACCAACAAUUUGGAUCUCUGUUGUCCUGGCUUCGGAAAUUUUUCGAGUCGAACCUGCAGACAAAGCUUAAAAACUUAAUCAACUUUACUCUGUGUGAACACUGUAAGAAACCUAUAAACGACAUUUUCGAUAUGGUGUUUGUAGAACAGUAUCAUUUGGUAUGCCUGUUCAAAUUUCAACUCGGCCAGGAUUUAAACGAGGAAACUCUAGCCAGCAUACAGAUGUUGAAGAUAAAUUUAUUUGAAGCAUUUAAAAGUUUAAAAAGAGCACGGCUACUUAUUAAAACAUGUCCUCAGUUUUGCAGUUUCCUCGAGUCUCUAAAAUCCGAAAUCAGCGAGCGCAUAUGUCUGAGUUGCGGCGAAACAUCAGAUAACGUACUACUUCAUUCACGGCAAACACACACUAGCAAACAAGACCGAUACGAGUGUCGAUUUUGCACGGAGUGUUUCGAAUAUGAAUACCUUCAGCUGAGGCAUGAGAUGCGGCAUCCCCGUCUGGUAAAGGAAAAACAUUCCGGAAUGUUGCUGCGUAACGAACAGUUCCUGUGCCCAUACUGUAGGAUACGUUUCGAUGAUGGCCAACGUAUGCAGGAGCAUCAACAGGCUCACGAGAAAGCAAUUAAAUUUCAUCCGCUCAAAGGGCUGCGAACGUAUCAUCCGCCAACUGCGAGGGCUAGCAGGAAGGUAAUCGUGAAACCCGAGAAAGACGAAUUUAGUAGGCCAUAUUCUUUGCGAUGUUAUGCAAAUUUAAGAAGUACAAAUAAGUGUAAGCUUUAGUUACUGUUAAAGUACA